AUGAGGAAGGGAGGCUCGACUCUUGAUCCGAAUAUUGGACUCAUUUCGGGGUCUGAUCGCAGGACUGCAGUUUUUUCAUCACCCACGUUUAUCCAGAUGCUCUCCUCACCCUCUCAGGGUAAUAAUGCUCUUAAUAAUGCCCUGGGUAAUUCAGUGGGCAGUUUGUACACAACUCCUCUGCAAGGAUCUGCAGCCAGCACAGGAACACGACCAGCUUUAGGAAGACCGCCGGCCAAACGCCGCUUGGAGUUGGACAUCGGGGAUCAUCAGUACACCGAACCGGCAAGAAUACCGAGGGGGCGCAGAGCAACUCUACGAAUGAAGAGCCCCAAAACUCCCAAAACCCCUCCCGAGAAGUCGCGAUACGACACGUCGCUCGGCCUCCUGACCAAGAAGUUCUGUCAGCUGCUGGCUCAGUCCUCCGACGGCGUGCUGGAUCUCAACCAGGCUGCCGAUGCUCUCAACGUCCAGAAGAGGCGCCUGUACGACAUCACCAACGUGCUGGAGGGAGUGCGGCUCAUCAAGAAGAAGUCUAAGAACAACAUCGAAUGGCUGGGUUCGAGUCUGCCCUCGGAAUCGGGUCCGCUGGUUCCUCUGCAGAACCUGAGCAGAGAGAUGAUCGCUCUGAGAGACGAGGAGAGACGACUGGACGAGCUCAUUCAGACCUGCACCAACAACGUUCAGCAGAUGACCGAGGAGAUGCACAAUCAAAAGUAUGCCUAUGUCACAUAUCAGGACGUCAGAAGAAUCAAAAGCUUGCAGGAUCAGACCGUGAUCGCUGUGAAAGCCCCGUCAGAAACUAAGCUGGAGGUGCCCGAUCCAAAGGAGAGUUUACAGGUGCAUUUGAGCAGCUCCAAAGGCCCCAUCGACGUUUUCCUCUGCACGGACACCACUGAUUCGGCCGGUCCGAUACAGAACGGUAUGGAUGUGAACGGAAACGAGACGAACCUUCUCCAAAUGUCCAAAGGUGCUAAAGUCACAGGAGCUGCAGAUGCCGGCCAGUCGAACGGCGUCCUUGGCAAAAGCAGCGUGGCACAGACUGGCGCAGCACCCCUGUCCCCCUUCAGCUCGUCUCUGUCCUCCAUCCUGGGGCCGUUCGUGACCCUCUCGCCUGCACUGCUGGGGGACGAGUACCAGCUGGGUAUGGAUGAGGAUCAGGGCAUCAGCGACCUCUUCGACUCCUGUGAUUUGGACAUGCUGCCUCUGGAUGAGCUGCUCAUGGUGUGAAGCCGCACGGGACGGGCGUGUGCGUUCGUUAUUGAUGAUAUUUCAAAUACUUGAAUUGGAACAAAGUGGACUUCGUGAGACUGGACGAGUCUGAUGUGCGUAGUGGUCACGUUUUGGUACUUUUGAUACCCAGUGAUGUUUUUA